GGGUCAAACCUCCGUGUUUGACACAUAAAUAACACUUAGCAAAUUAGAAUUUGUACAGCCCCCUUUUCCAUGGCCAUCUCCACCACCUCCACGGCGCCAAGCCUCCACCCACCAAAUUACUAUUUGUUAUAAUUAUAUACCUUUCUUCUAAAUUGAUAAAUAAAUUCUUAAUAUUUGAUACUAACAUUCCAACGUUUCGAACAAUAAAAUUUUUUUCUAUUAAAGUAAUCAAAAUUUGUUUUUUAAUUUUUUUUAUAUCGUUUUCUAAGAAAAGUUUUGGCUCCAACUUACCUGGGAUGCGAAACCAAUAACAUUUUGAAACUUCCCACCUUUCCAAUCGUUCACUUAGCGUUUCAUUUCCAUUUUUCUUAAACAUUUCAAUUUUUUUCUCUUGAUUUUGUUCGAGUUAUCAAUGGAGACCUCUAAUCCCAGGGUUCAGUCGUUUGGUCAGACCGAGAUUAAUUGGGACAAGCUUGAUAAGACAAAAUUUUAUGGUGUUGGAGCUGGCCUCUUUACAGGGGUUACUGUGGCUCUUUAUCCGGUCUCUGUGGUAAAAACAAGGCUUCAAGUUGCUUCAAAAGAUACUGUUGAGAAAAAUGCAUUGUCUGUUAUUAGAGGGAUACUGAAGGCAGAUGGGAUUCCGGGUCUAUACAGAGGUUUUGGUACUGUCAUCACUGGUGCGAUUCCUGCCAGGAUAAUAUUUAUGACUGCUUUAGAAACAACAAAAGUAGCAGCUUUCAAGAUGUUAGAACCAUUUAAAUUGUCUGAAGCUACACAAGCAGCCUUAGCAAAUGGAAUUGCUGGCAUGUCAGGAUCACUUCUUGCUCAAUCUGUUUUUGUUCCAGUCGAUGUGGUUAGCCAGAAGUUGAUGGUACAAGGAUACUCAGGCCAUGCAAAGUACAGUGGUGGCAUUGAUGUUGCUCGUAAGGUUAUACGGUCUGAUGGCAUUCAGGGACUAUACAGAGGGUUUGGUCUAUCUGUUAUGACUUAUGCUCCAUCAAGUGCUGUAUGGUGGGCAAGUUAUGGUUCAAGCCAACGUGUCAUUUGGAGGCUCUUAGGCCGUGUCACAGAUCCUGAGAAAGCUCCACCCAGCCAGGGGACAAUAGCAUUAGUGCAAGCAACCGGAGGAAUUGUAGCAGGUGCAACUGCAUCCUGUAUCACAACCCCAUUGGACACUAUAAAGACUCGUUUACAGGUAAUGGGGCAUGAUAAGAGACCUUCCACAGUACAUGUUGUGAAAAAAUUGAUUGCAGAAGAUGGUUGGCAGGGUUUAUAUCGAGGGUUCGGUCCAAGAUUUUUCAGCAUGUCAGCAUGGGGAACUUCAAUGAUAUUAGCCUAUGAAUAUUUGAAGCGUCUGUGUGCAAAAGAAGAAGAGAUGGUGAUCUAAAUGGUGCCCAUAACCUUUGCUUAUUGCUGCACGGAUGGUGGAGAUUUGGGUUCAAAACUGGGAAAAAGUCAACAUAUUUUUGAAAAGGCUGUCCUGAUACAUAUUGCCCUUUUUUGCGGGUGCAAAAAAGUUUUCCACAUUUUUAAGAUCCAGAAAUAUAUUGCUCUUCUUGUAGCUAUCAUUAUCGUUUAAAUUGAGGACCCAAACUGAUGAUUGUUGAAGUGGAUUCUCUGACGAAUUCUUUAAAAAGCUUUAGUGGAUCUGGCUAAGAUUCUUUCAAGCUAGAUUUUUUUUCCUGUUACAAGAUUAUAUUGAAGUUACCUUUACAGGAUUACUCUAAGAAAACCAACUUGGAAGCUGUAGCAAAUGUAUUCUCAUAGGUCAAAACAAAUAAUUUUUUGUAAGACAAUUUCAUGUUGUUGAGUUACAUUUUGUUUACCAAACAGUAAAUUUGUAAUUUUCCAUUCUGAUAUUUGGAGUGGCAAAUUAAGUACUUUUUCUGGCUUAAA